AUGGACAACUUCCAGAAGGUGGAGAAGAUCGGGGAGGGCACGUACGGGGUGGUGUACAAAGCUCGGAACCGGGAGACUGGAGAGGUGGUGGCGCUGAAGAAGAUCCGCCUGGACACGGAGACAGAAGGAGUCCCAAGCACAGCUAUUCGAGAAAUUUCUCUCCUCAAAGAACUUAAUCAUCCUAACAUAGUCAAGCUACUGGAUGUAAUUCACACAGAAAAUAAACUAUACCUCGUAUUUGAGUUUCUCAACCAAGAUCUGAAGAAGUUCAUGGACGGCUCCACUAUUACAGGAAUCCCACUGGCUCUUGUUAAAAGUUACCUGUUCCAGUUAUUGCAAGGCUUGGCAUUCUGCCAUUCACACCGUGUUCUGCACAGAGACUUGAAGCCGCAAAACUUACUCAUCAAUUCAGAUGGAGCUGUAAAGCUUGCAGACUUUGGCCUUGCCCGGGCCUUUGGGGUGCCUGUGAGAACCUACACACAUGAGGUGGUGACGCUCUGGUACAGAGCUCCGGAAAUUCUUCUUGGCUGCAAGUACUACUCAACAGCUGUAGAUAUAUGGAGUCUGGGAUGUAUAUUUGCAGAAAUGAUCACCAGAAGAGCUUUGUUCCCAGGGGACUCGGAAAUUGACCAGCUUUUCCGUAUAUUUCGCACACUGGGAACUCCAGAUGAGGCCUCUUGGCCAGGUGUUACUUCCAUGCCAGAUUAUAAAUCCACUUUCCCCAAGUGGGCUCGGCAAGACUUUAGCAAAGUGGUUCCACCGUUGGAUGAAGAUGGCAGAGAUCUUUUAGCUCAAAUGCUUCAAUAUGAUUCCAACAAGCGGAUCUCUGCUAAGGUUGCCCUAACGCAUUCUUUCUUCCGUGAUGUCAGCAGGCCUGCUCCACAUCUUAUUUAG